GGGGUUUCUGAGACCAAGGUGUUCGUGGUCUCAGCUUAGAUUCAAACAACAUCAACGAUAGGACUUUCUCCGGUAAUGAACCGGUUUUUUGUGCCAUAUUUUAAGUAGAGUGGAUUGCUUCGGAAAUAUGGCUUUUUUCAUCAGAGAACCCUUGGUAAAAUGGCAAGUACAGGCCUUCAUCCUUGUUUUUCUAUUUGACUUUACACUCUGUCAGAUUCGCUAUUCGGUCCCAGAGGAGAUGAGAAAAGGCGCCUUCGUAGGAAAUGUGGCAGAAGAUUUAGGCAUCGACGUUAAACGACUCACAUCAGGCGGUGCCCGAAUUGUAAGCAGCGAUAGCAGCGAGUAUGUUUGGCUCGAUAUAGACAAAGGGAUUCUAGUGGUGGGGGAAAGGAUAGACAGAGAGCAGCUCUGCGGGCAGACAUCGCCCUGUAGCCUGAAUUUUGAAAUGAUAAUGAUGAACCCAAUGCAGUUACAUAGUGUUGUAGUGGAAGUUUUGGAUGUUAAUGAUAACGCACCGGUGUUUCCCGAGAAAGAAGUGCAUGUAGAAAUACUAGAAUCUGCUCUUCCAGGGACCGAAAUAUUACAAGAGAGUGCUACAGACCCUGAUGUUGGCAUCAACGCUUUAGGCGGAUAUACAUUACACCCAACAACACAUUUCAGCAUUAAAGUCCUGUCCAGCCCAAAUGGCCACAAAUAUGCACAGUUGUAUCUUUCUAAUGCGUUGGACCGCGAGAGAGAAGAAAAGCUGCUUCUCACACUGACUGCAGUGGACGGCGGUGAGCCACAGCGGUCGGGCACGCUGAAAAUACAUGUAACUGUGCGAGACACGAAUGAUAAUGCUCCGGUGUUUACACAAUCGUUGUUCAAGGCGUCUGUUAAAGAAAAUAUUCGAAAAGGAGCCUCGGUGCUGCGUGUGAGCGCAACAGAUGCAGAUGAGGGAAUUAAUGGUCGUGUUUCAUAUCACUUUAGUCGCAUGUCAGGUAAUGUGGCUGAGCUAUUUAAUCUGGAUGAAAACAGCGGUGAUUUAACUGUAAACGGCGUCAUCGAUUACGAAGAGAAUAAAAUCUAUGAGAUUGGUGUGCAGGCUAAAGACCAAGGCGGACAAAGCACAUCAACCAAAGUAAUAAUUGAAGUCACGGAUGUAAAUGACAAUGCCCCUGUAAUAACAUUGACCUCGUUUUCUAAUGCUAUAGCAGAGGACUCCCCUAGUGGAACUACUGUGGCGAUCAUAAACGUUAAAGAUCUGGAUUCAGGCAAAAAUGGCAAAGUAGACUGCUCAGUUAACGGCAAUAUCCCGUUUGCAAUCCACUCAUCUCUAAAGAAUUAUUACACUCUGGUGACAAAUGGUGUCCUUGAUAGGGAGCGUAAUCCUGUUUACAACAUCACGUUUACAGCUGUGGAUGAAGGGAGCCCAUCAAUGUCAACUAACAAGACAAUAACACUUCGAAUAUCCGACGUCAAUGACAAUGCACCCGUAUUUGAACAGCGUUAUUAUGAAGCCAACAUUAUGGAGAAUAAUUCGCCAGGAUUAUCUGUGUUUUCCUUGAAGGCACACGACUCAGACUCCGGGCCUAACGCACGUGUAUCUUACCUGCUAAUUGACAGUCAGUUGAAUGGUUACCCCAUAUCUACUUAUAUAUCUGUUAACGCAGAAGACGGAGUUAUACAGGCUGUUCGAUCAUUUGACUUUGAGCAGAUUAAAAAUCUAAACAUAUGUGUGAAAGCGCAGGAUGGAGGCUCCCCUCCACUCAGCAGCAAUACCACACUGCAAUUAAAUAUUCAAGACCAGAACGACAACCCCCCUCAGGUCCUGUACCCAGUCCAGACUGGUGGAUCAGUGGUGGCUGAGAUGGUGCCUCGUGCAGCAGAUGUGGGCUACCUAGUGACUAAAGUGGUGGCUGUUGAUGUGGACUCUGGACAGAAUGCCUGGCUCUCGUAUAAACUGCAGAAAGCCACAGACAGGGCGCUGUUUGAAGUGGGCUUACAGAAUGGAGAAAUCAGAACUAUCCGUCAAGUGAAUGAUAAAGAUGCUGUGAAACAAAGACUGACUGUUAUAGUGGAGGACAACGGGCAGCCGUCUCGUUCAGCUGCAGUCAUUGUUAACGUGGCGGUGGCGGACAGCUUCCCUGAAGUGCUGUCUGAGUUCACUGACUUUACACACGACAAGGAGUACAAUGACAACCUGACUUUUUACUUAGUGCUGGCUUUGGCUGUAGUGUCCUUCCUCUUCAUCACGUGUGUGGUGGUUAUUAUAUCAGUGAAAAUCUACAGAUGGAGACAGUCUCGCACCCUGUUUCACUCCAACCUCCCUGUGAUUCCAUAUUAUCCACCACGUUACUCAGACACUUUGGGCACAGGGACUCUCCAGCACGUGUACAAUUACGAGGUGUGCAGGACGACUGACUCCAGAAAGAGUGACUGUAAGUUCGGCAGAGCUGGUAGUCAGAACGUGUUGAUAAUGGACCCCAGUUCUACAGGGACCAUGCAGAGGAUACAGAGUGAGAAGAGCAUCCUGGAUGAACCAGAUUCUCCUCUAGAGCAACAGUCCAACGCUGAUGGAAUCCAAUUUGCUGUGAUGAUUUUACAGAAGCCAUUAGACAGAGAGAUGCAUCCACACCUCACUUUGAAACUCAUUGCAGUAGACGGAGGAACGCCUCAACGAUCUGUGCGGUCUUUUGAUUAUGAACAAAUCAAGCUGCUUGAAUUCACCGUCAAAGCUCAAGAUGGAGGCUCCCCUCCACUCAGCAGCAAUGUGACAGUCAAAAUAGUGAUCCAGGACCAGAACGACAACCCCCCUCAGGUCCUGUACCCAGUCCAGACUGGUGGAUCAGUGGUGGCUGAGAUGGUGCCUCGUGCUGCAGAUGUGGGCUACCUGGUGACUAAAGUGGUGGCUGUUGAUGUGGACUCUGGACAGAAUGCCUGGCUCUCGUAUAAACUGCAGAAAGCCACAGACAGAGCGCUGUUUGAAGUGGGCUUACAGGAUGGAGAAAUCAGAACUAUCCGCCAAGUGAAUGAUAAAGAUGCUGUGAAACAAAGACUGACUGUUAUAGUGGAGGACAACGGGCAGCCGUCUCGUUCAGCUGCAGUCAUUGUUAACGUGGCGGUGGCGGACAGCUUCCCUGAAGUGCUGUCUGAGUUCACUGACUUUACACACGACAAGGAGUACAAUGACAACCUGACUUUUUACUUAGUGCUGGCUUUGGCUGUAGUAUCCUUCCUCUUCAUCACGUGUGUAGUGGUUAUUAUAUCAGUGAAAAUCUACAGAUGGAGACAGUCUCGCACCCUGUAUCACUCCAACCUCCCUGUGAUUCCAUAUUAUCCACCACGUUACUCAGACACUUUGGGUACAGGGACUCUCCAGCACGUGUACAAUUACGAGGUGUGCAGGACGACUGACUCCAGAAAGAGUGACUGUAAGUUCGGCGGAGCUGGUAGUCAGAACGUGCUGAUAAUGGACCCCAGUUCUACAGGGACCAUGCAGAGGAUACAGAGUGAGAAGAGCAUCCUGGAUGAACCAGACUCUCCUCUUGAGAUCUCUGAUGUGAAUGACAACGCGCCUGUCUUUGAGAGGAGCUCAUAUGAGGCCUACAUUGUAGAAAACAACACACCAGGCCUCUCUAUAUUCACAGUGAAAGCCAGAGACGCUGACUGGAACCAGAAUGCCCGUGUUUCUUACAUCCUGGAGGACUCCUCUGUUAACGGAGUACCAGUCUCCUCAUAUGUGUCCGUCAGUGCUGAUAGUGGAGUCAUCCAUGCAGUGCGAUCUUUUGACUACGAGCAGAUCAAAGACUUCCACUUCCGCGUCAAAGCGCAGGAUGGAGGCUCCCCUCCACUCAGCAGCAACGUGACAGUCAAAAUAGUGAUCCAGGACCAGAACGACAACCCCCCUCAGGUCCUGUACCCAGUCCAGACUGGUGGAUCAGUGGUGGCUGAGAUGGUGCCUCGUGCAGCAGAUGUGGGCUACCUGGUGACUAAAGUGGUGGCUGUUGAUGUGGACUCUGGACAGAAUGCCUGGCUCUCGUAUAAACUGCAGAAAGCCACAGACAGGGCGCUGUUUGAAGUGGGCUUACAGAAUGGAGAAAUCAGAACUAUCCGCCCAAGUGAAUGA